CCGAGGGCACUUUCCAACACUGCUUUAACACUGUUGCUCGUCGGUGACGUAGUGUGCGAGUCCAAGGUUGUGUGCGUUUAUAUAUGUAUGAGACACACACCGCCGCACAUACGUACAAAUUAAAUAGCAAGUGGCUCAGCAAGUCAGUGGAACAAAGCUAACUAUGUUAUCCAAUCGGGCCUUUGGAGAAACAAUUGAGGAUUAUGAAGUACAGCACUUGUUGGGCAAAGGCGGUUUUGCGAGUGUCUACAAGGCGAGAUGCCUGCACACUCACCAGGAUGUGGCCAUUAAGAUGAUCGAUAAGAAACUGAUCCAAGGCACAGGACUCACCAACCGCGUUCGCCAGGAGGUGGAAAUCCACUCUCGGCUGAAGCACCCCUCUGUACUUCAGCUGUACACCUUCUUCCAGGACUCAAACUAUGUUUACUUGGUGCUGGAACUAGCCCACAAUGGCGAGCUUCAUCGCUACAUGAACCAUAUUGCUAGACCCUUUACAGAGGCGGAAGCCGCCUCCAUCCUGAAGCAGGUGGUGGAGGGACUUUUGUACCUGCACUCGCACAACAUCAUGCACCGCGAUAUCUCGCUAUCCAACUUGCUGCUCAGCAAGGAAAUGCACGUCAAGAUCGCCGACUUCGGACUGGCCACCCAGUUGAAACGACCGGAUGAGCGACAUAUGACCAUGUGUGGGACACCCAACUAUAUUUCGCCCGAGGUGGUUUCACGAGUGUCGCACGGACUCCCAGCCGAUGUCUGGAGCGUUGGAUGCAUGCUGUACACCCUGCUGGUGGGACGCCCGCCCUUCGAAACCGAUGCCGUGCAGUCCACCCUUAACAAAGUGGUCAUGUCCGAGUAUUUAAUGCCUGCUCAUUUGUCAUAUGACGCUCAGGACUUGAUAAACAAGUUGCUGAAGAAGCUUCCUCACGAACGAAUCACCCUGGGCGCAGUCCUAUGCCAUCCGUUUAUGCUGAAGAGAUUGGAUAAUAGCUCGAAUGUAGGACACUCGACGGCGGGAGCGUUGAAUGUGUUCAGCCAGAGCCUGGAAAGCGGCGACAGUGGAAUCAUAACGUUCGCUAGCAGUGACUCCAGAAACUCGCAACGAAUUCGUUCUGUGGAAAACUCGGGAGCGCAUCAAGUGCUUCCCCAAAUAGAGGAAGAAUUCAUGCAGGAUCAUCAUCGGUUGCCUUAUGAGCAGCCUGGCUUAUUUCGGCAGACAUCAACAGGGUUAGCAGAACAAAAUUGGCCAGGAACAUGCAAGAUGCCGCCUUUCCGCAUGGACAUGGAUGUGGUACCAAAUUCCAGACCUGUGCCUCUUAAGGAAGAGCGCAUUUCCGUGCCACCAUUGAGCAGCAAAAGAUUGCUACCGACGCGUUUUAAGACAAAGAAUGCUAUAAUGAGUAUUUUACGCAAUGGUGAGGUGGUCCUGGAAUUUAUAAAAUUUCGGCCAAAGCUAAAUGAAGACCGCAUAAGUGAUAUUUGCCGCAUAUCGGAAGACGGUCAGCGUAUCAUAAUAUAUCAGCCAGAUCCUGGGCGUGGCUUACCAGUAAAAGAGCAACCACCAGAACUUCAAAUACCCAGUGGAGAUUGCGUCUAUAAUUACGACAAUUUGCCCAGUAAACACUGGAAAAAAUAUGUAUACGGCGCUCGGUUUGUGGGGCUGGUGAAGAGCAAGACGCCGAAAGUUACAUACUUUAGCGCCCUUGGCAAAUGCCAAUUAAUGGAAACCAUGACAGACUUCGAGAUUCGCUUCUAUUCGGGGGCUAAGCUUUUAAAGUCGGCCUCCGAGGGUCUAAAGGUGUACGAUGUGAAUGGAAUGCUGCUCUCAGAUCAUUCCUGCACGGAGCCACGAUCCUUAAUAAAUCAUGGGAACGAGUGUUUUACCCACUGUGUCAACAUCAGCAAUGCCUUGGAGGUUGCUCAGACGAAGGACAACACGUGUUUUCCAGUCAUAAUCGGACGAAGGCCAAUAACAGAUGUACAGCCAGCUCAGAGAUUAGAUGGCCUGAGGGAUACCACUAACAUUGCGUUUUCCACACCUAAGUCAAACCAGGGCUCAAUUAACUUUUCUGUAAGCACUAUUUCGUCGACUCGAAAUACCACUGACUUCGGAAACAAUUGCUCCAGGUCAAACAUGUUAGCCGCCCAUCAAAACAUUCCCAUCAAACGCAUCAAUGUUCCUGAUAUUGGAAUCGCUACUGAGCUCUCCCAUGGAGUUGUCCAAGUGCAAUUUUAUGAUGGAUCCGUAGUCUCUGUUAUACCGCAUACACAAGGCGGGGGUAUAACAUACACACAACCCAACGGAACUUCAACCCACUUCGGCAAAGACGACGACUUGCCAUUCGCGGUCAGAGAUAGAAUCAGUCAGAUGCCAAACAUUCAGCUGAAGUUAAAGACCGCUCCAUUGCUGGGAGGCGGCAGGAAGAUUGACUACAGUAAUGUAAUGACACCUAAAACGACAACGCCUUGCUACAAUCGCAUGCUUUUAUAAAUCAAUCAAGAAAAUCUCAUUUAGUUUUAAAGUUUGAUCGAAUAUAUUUUUUAUUGUAAAUUAAAGGUAAAUAUAUUUUAAA